UUUGGACACAUGUCAUUCAAAUGGUUAAUAUUUAACCACAUACAUAAAAAUGUAUUUCACUCACAGAUGAAAAGACGGUGAGAUAACACUGAAGCAUAUCUACACACACUGCACUCACUCUUUCAUUUGAACACAGUAUAACUGCUUAUCAUCUUCUUACAAAAUGUGCAAAAUGCGCCACACCUGUGCACUUUAAGUAAGUCACAUAUCCAGGAGGAUGAUGAAGGUGUGCUUUGAAACAGACAGCAGUGGUGAUGAGAGCAGAUGAGAGCAGACGGUGACUGUAUGAAGAAGAGCCACGCACUUUUUGAUCAGUGGCAGCGACACGCCUAAGGGCCAGGCGGAAGGACCUGAAAAACCAGCUGCCUCAGAUUAUUACUCUCAGCAGCAGCUCAGGAGUGAGCCAGCGUGGAGCCUCCUCCUCCUCCUCCUCCUCUUUCUUCCUUCCUCCUCCUCCUCUUGAAAUAAACACUCUGAUUCCCACAGAAACCUCACAUCACAGCUGUAUCUCUAUCUCUGCUUGUAUUAAACUAAUAUUUUACUGUUUUUUUUUUUUGCUCUGUCCUGUCUGAUUCCGCCUAAAGGAUUUGCCACUUCAGCAGCACCUGGGACUCCUUACUCCUCUCCUGGAAUAACACCCGGUUUUACUCCCUCCCUCUCUGAGUCCUGUGCCCUUCAGCACCCCCCUCAGCCGGUGGACUAUGCCCCCCUCGGCUCGCUGAGGGAGGGGGCUCGGGCUCCCAUCUGCUGAAGGCUUUGAGCUGAAGUCAAACAGGAGACGGUUAGGUUAUUGCUGAAGAUGCAAGCUUCAACUGCCUCACCUGUGACCAACACUACAGUAACAACAAACACAACCGCCACCACAAAGUCCAGAGAACAAAUCCUCAUUCAGAGUUCUGGGGCCAUGAUCGCUGUCAUCGUCGUAGGUAUCAUCAUCAUUCUUGCCAUUCUACUGAUAAUCCUGAAGACAUACAACAGGCGGACCCAUGUUUCCAGAGUCCUGGGGGCCAGUGGAGGCUCCAAACCUCGUCCAAAGACGUCACAAUCCACAGUUCAAAGCAACGUGCCGCUGAGCCCCAUAGGAAUCAGCUCUGUGUCAGGCAGCGUGGCCAACUCGAACCCAGCUUCAGAGAACGGCUUCCAACUCCCCAGAGUGGAGCUGAGCAGCAUGGAGGGAAACCACAUAGAGCAGUUCAGCACCACCAGCGGGUCCACCGUGGUCACCAUACACGACAUCCCAUCAUUAGGAAACACAUAGCGACACGACUACGCUUUACUCUCACAACAGGCGUUGACUGAUGUUGUCUUCACAUGUGACCACGUACUGUGUGCCGACUGAAUUUUGCGGAGGCUCGGUCCUUGAUGGUAGCGUUGUUACUGUCAUCGUCACAGCUGAGCCACUGCUGGUGACUACAUGUAUUACAGAGCAGCAUUUUGGUGUAAAAAUAAACAUUGUGAACAAAUUGUACCUUACACAGACUCCACGGAUUCAUGCAUGAAGAAUGUUUAUGACAAAAAGAAGGACACUGUUUUGUGUUGGGAUUACUUUUUGGCACCAGUCAGUGUUCAGAGUAUUGAUGCCAGUAAUUCCCUAUUUUUUGUAUUGUACUAUCACUACUAAUACUAUGAUGAAGGAGAAAAUACAUAGACAAGACUGUAAUGGUUUAACAAUGCUGGUCUUAAGUGUGUACAUUUCUGUAUUAAAGCAAACCAUAGAAGUUCAUUAGUAAAUGUAGAAUUAUUACUGUAUUACCGUAUGAACAGGAGACAACACUAUAAUACACAAUAACUCAAUGAUUAUCAAUAGCAGCUCAUUUAAUCUGGUUUAUUUUGCAUCAUACUGUCUUUGUUUUCUGCACAUAGAUGUUCAUUUUGUUAAAAACCUAUUUUUAUACCACACAGAGUGAAGAGACCACAGUGAUAUUUUGUCAGCUGAACAUGCUGAUGUGAAUCCCUUUUAGUUUGACACCAAAGGAUUUUGCACUUUAUUUUAAUUGUUCCCUGUAUUUGUAUUAUAUGUGGUUGUUUAUGAAAUGAAUGAGAUUAAAAUAAAAUCUAAUA